AUGUCCUGGAAGAGGAACUACUUUGCAUCGGGAGGCGGCGGAGGCACACAGGGAGUGGUGGCGGCGCAGACCAUGGCGUCCAUCGCUCCCAGUAAGGGGCUGAGCAACGAGCCGGGUCAGAACAGCUGCUUCCUGAACAGCGCCCUGCAGAGCAGAACCUUUUCCUCGGUUCUUCCAGAACUUUCCUGCAGAACCGACCCAUCAGAACCAGAGCCGCAGGGCUGCAGCGUCCUGAACCGGUUCCACUGCCAGGUUCUGCUCCGGGCUUCCCGCAGAGCCGUGAGCAGACGGUCCGCCCGUCUCUGGUUCUGGCUCCCUCUGAUCAACACUGGCCCGUUUCAAUCCGGACGGGUUCCGACCCGUUUCACCAGCGAGCCGUUCGUGGUGCUGGUGGGAGACGGCCGGUCACCAUGGCAACCCAAACAUCAUCAGGCCGGCUGCAUCCAGGCGACAGAACCAGAACGAGCAGGUGAGACUGACCUGGUGUUCCCCCCCCCUGUCCCUGUCCCCCUGUCCCUGUCCUCCUGUCCCCCUGUCCCUGUCCCCCUGUCCCUGUCCCCCCAGUGUGUGUGCAGCAGCUGCGGAGCGUCCUCCGACCCGCUGCCCUUCAUCCAGAUGGUCCACUACAUCUCCACCACCUCGCUGUGCAACCAGGCGGUGAAGAUGCUGGAGUCCAGAGAGAAUCCGACGCCCAGCAUGUUUGGAGAGCUGCUGCGCAACGCCAGCAUGGGCGACCUGCGCACCUGCCCAAGCCGGUGCGGCCAGCAGCUCCGGAUCGCCCGGGUUCUGCUGAACAGCCCAGAGAUCGUCAGCAUCGGCCUGGUGUGGGACUCUGAGCACUCGGACCUGGCCGAGGACGUCAUCCACUCCCUGGGAACCUGCCUGCGACUCGGAGAUCUGUUCUACAGGGUGACGGAGGAGAAGGCCCGGCGGGCCGAGCUCUACCUGGUGGGCGUGGUCUGCUACUACGGCAAGCACUACUCCACCUUCUUCUUCCAGACCAAGAUCAGGAGGUGGAUGUACUUCGAUGACGCUCACGUGAAGGAGAUCGGGCCCCGGUGGAAGGACGUGGUGUCGCGCUGCAUUAAGGGCCGCUACCAGCCGCUGCUGCUGCUGUACGCCGACCCGCGCGGGACGCCGGUGACCCUGCAGGACCUGCCGCCGCGCCUCGACCUGCAGCGCCUCCACAAGGCCGGCUACGACAGCGAGGACUCGGGCCGCGAGCCGUCCAUCUCCAGCGACACUCGAACCGACUCGUCCACAGAGAGCUACUGCGGCCGCCAGUCCUCCCAGUCCUAUCAUGACGUCGUGGCGAGUCGCUGCUCAUCCGACUCCCAGGGAACGCUGGUCUGCAUGGAGAGACCCGACAGAACGCUGCACGCCUCCCUCUGCAGCCUGGACGCCAUCGGCCAUGUGGCGGAUGAGCAGCCUCUGAGGAAAGGAGGCGGGGCCGCAGACAGGAGGCGGAGCUCCAACAGGUCGCGGCGAAUCAAACCAGAACCCGAUCCGCCAUCAGCAGGUUACCACAGCGAUGGAGAAACCUUAAAGGAGAAGCAGGCUCCUCGGCACCUCCCCAAACCUUCAUCCUCCUCCUCAUCCUCAGCCAGUCGCCUCAGAGACUUUAAAGAGUCGAUGACCAACAUGAUCCGGCCGCUGUCCUCCUCGUCGUCCUCCUCUCUGCCGGCCGCCGUCCUCUCCUCUUCGCUCCCGGCCUCCUCCUGCUCCAGCCAGCACCUCCCUGCUGCAGACGCAGCUCUGUGCUCCUCCUCCGCUCCAGUCCAGGACUGGGAGGCCGACAGCACCAGCAGCGAGUCCAAGGCCAGCUCCUCAGGAGCAGCAGGGAGGUGCCGGCCGGCGUGGAGGCCUCGGAGGGAGACGCUCAACAUCGACACCAUCUUCACGCGCGAGCGGCGGAGGCAGGCGGGAUACAGCCCGCUGGGAGGAGGAGCCUGUGAGCCCGAUGGGGCCCAGACCGCCUCCUCAGGCCAGGAGGAGGCGCCGUCCAUCAGAGCGGCGUUCUCCCGGACUCUCCCCAGCUCCUUCAGAGGGCCGCAGCUCCCUGCGCCUCCUGCUGCUCCCAGGCUGAUCCAGAGGAUGGAGAGCGGCUACGAGAGCAGCGAGAGGAACAGCGGCAGCCCCGUCAGCCUGGGAGACAGGGAGAGUGGUGUGAAGAAGCCUUCCUCCUCCUCCUCCUCCUCCUCCUCAGGACCCCCAUGGAGGAGCCUCAGGUCAAAGAGCAGCGGUGCUCUGCUGCAGGACCUCGCCUCCUCCAGCAGGGGGAGCCUCGCGCCCCCCGCAGGCCGCAGCGAGCUGGACGAGCUGCAGGAGGAGGUGCUGAGGAGAGCCAGGGAGGAGGAGCAGCAGCGGCGGCAGGAGAAGGAGAGGGAGGAGGCGCUGGGCUUCAACCCCAGACCCAGCAAGUACCUGGACCUGGACCAGCUGCAGAUCCAAGGUAAAGGCGACAGCUUUGACAGGUGUGUGAUGGAGGCGGAGCUCCUGUUGGACCAGUCUCUGCGCUUGGAGCAGACGGGUGACGUUGCGGCGGCGCUCUCUGCGGUCAAUGAAGCCGUCUCCAAGCUGCGGCCGGCGGCGGCUGAGGGCGGAUCCGGUAGCCACAGCCGGCUGCAGCGCUGCAUGAGGAGAUGCCGCAGCCUGCAGCAGCGCAUGCUGCAGCAGUCAGAGGCAGUAAGACAGGAAGCAGAGCAGCAGGAGGAGCAGCAGACGCUGGAACAGCCCAGAUCAAAGCUUCUCCCGCUCCCAGUACUUCUGACAGACAAGCCGGGCGACCAAUCAGCUGCCCAUCAGGACCACCAGGCUCCUCCCCCUUUCACCUGCCUUGUUAAGCCCCUCCCUCCUGCAUCAGGUUUGCCCUCUGACCCCACCUCCAGCAGGAGCCCCUGCUCUGGCUUUGGGAAACCCCUCAGUAGCGCCAGGUCCCUCCCUGCUCUCGCUGUGGAAACCUACCUGGACGCCGUGGCUCCGCCCCCUCCACAGGAAGAGGCGUGGCCUGACCCGUCACAAGCCCCGCCCCCACAUCGGCCCUGUUCCCAAACUCCAUCACCUGCUGGAGGUAACAACAGGUGUCAUGAGAUGAUGGAGGAUUCAGGUAACUCCAGAAACAAACAGGCCACGCCCACAAGCCCAGCCCCGCCCCCUUCCUCCUGCCCAACCAGGAAGUGGUCCUGUUUAACUCCGGAGCAGCUGGAUGAUUCUCCAUCUAUCAGCUCCACCUUUUACUCUCCCUCAGGCUCCGCCCCCACUGUGGGCCGGCCAAUCAGGAGCUGCUCCCCACCAGCCAAUCAGGCUCUCAGAGCCGCCCUGCCUGUGCAACGCUGGGCUGAAAACGUCAACACAUACUACAACUCCCAGCUUGCAGCAGAGGGGGAGGAGUUAUCUGAGCUGGAGACGCUGUACCAGGCCAGCCUGCAGGCUCCCAGCAUGCCGCGGGGCAGCCGUGGAGUCAGCCUGCAGGCUCCCAGCAUGCCGUGGGGCAGCCGUGGAGUCAGCCCGCAGCCAGGGGGCAGCAGAGCAGCGGUGAGGAGAACGCCGUCUGGAUCCAGACGCUCCAAAACGCCGACGGCCGAAAUCGAGAGAAACGCCUACAGGAGACCGGCCUCACCUGGAGAGCAGCCCCUUGCAGGCGAAGACCAGAACUACAGCGCAGAGAACCUGCGACGCCUCGCUCGAAGUCUGAGCGGAACCGUCAUCGGGUCGAGACCGCAGAGCCUCCAGCAGAGCCUCCAGCAGAACCUCCAGCAGAACCUCCAGCAGAACCUCCAGCAGAACCUCCAGCAGAACCUCCAGCGCAGCUGUGACCCCCCUGUGUCCAGGCCCCCCCUCAGACACUCGGACCUUCACUGCUCCUCUUCCUCCUCCUCCUCCUCCUCAGAUCGCUCCUCCUCCCACCGACUCCACGGCCCUCCGGCUCCACGGCGCCCCCACACGCAGACGCCGCGCCCCCCCCCCUCCUGGGGACGCUCAGGUUCUCCUUGGCACCAGGUUCUGGUUCUGCCUGACAGCGGUCCGACUCCCUCAGCUCUCCACAGCGUCGCCAUGGGUUACGCCACUCUUCCUCGCCACGCCCCGCCCCCCUCUUCCUCGUCUUCCUCCCUCCCCAGGCCCAGACCCGGUUCUGCUGGUUCUGCUGGUUCUGCUGGUCCACAGCGUCUCCUCGCCGACCCGGUCGCCCUCCACCGCCAUCAUCAGGCGUCACUUCCUGUUGGAGGAGCCGGCGCUGCUCCACGGCGCCCCCGUGUGUCAGGAGACGUUCCUGCUCAGCCUCUGCGCCUGGACGUUCCCCCGGAGACGGACUGGCGGCGCCAUGUGGACCCGCGGGCCGCCCGGUACCAGCAGCGCCCCCAGUGGACAGACGGGCUCUGCCGGCAGCUUCCUGCCGACCCGGAUCGUCCUUCCUGCCGACCCGGCCGGCCUCUGUGGCCCGGUGCCGGUCAGGCAGCAAACGGUGGGGGAGAGGUCAGCAGGUUCAUGGAGGUCAGAGGUCACGACCAGAACCUGAACCUUAGAGGAGGCAGAAGAACCUGAGCUGAUCCAGAUCCUCUCUGAAGAACCAGAACAGAGCUGGAUCAGAACCAAAGCCAGCAGAACUCAGUCCAGAUGUGGACCCGGGUCUCCUCCAGAACCUCCUCCAGAACCUCCUGUGUUCUGCUGGACCCGUGUGGCUCCAGCUGAGCAGCAGAAGAAGAAAAGACUUCCUGUGUUCAGCUGACCAGAACCCAGAUGUGGUUCUGGUCCAGUGUAGAUGUUCUGCAGGUUCUGGUUGUUGGACUGCAGAGCUCAUCGGGUUUCCUGUGGGAUCUACUUCCUGUCUCCUCGGCGUUCUGAUUGGUUCCUGCAGAUCCUCUGAUGUCACUUCCUCUGGUCAACAUCCAGUUUUCCAGUCAUUGUUACAUGGAGGAGCUGCUGACUCCACCCGGCUGGCGCUGACUCCACCCGGCUGCUGCUGACUC